CAGAGAUUGCUGCUCCGUUUAGUUAUUCGCACUUUUGGGGCGUUUCACGAUAUUUUCGGAUAGUGACGUUUACGUUUAUAAAAAGUUAAACGAAUGCCUCAUAUUGUUGUCUAAAUUAACAUUGUUAUAUUCACGUAAUGAAGAGAUAUAUUCAUUUAUGGUGACGAUAUAUGCUUAAGAAGUUUCUCUCUGCUUGGAGAAUGGCAGGUGGUUGUUGUAGGUCAGAUCUUUUUUACAAGAAAACAGAAAGGACAGAAGGAUUUUACGUGUCGAGUUUGUUAGUCUGAGACUCUAAAUCCAUCUGUUAAUAUUGUGCUAUUCAAUGAUGGACAAUUUCUCAGACUCCUCCAGGUACGAGCUGGACUCGAUCACUUCUACAGAUUCUUUACAAUUGAUUACGGAUGAGUUUCGCUUGCGGCACGUGUCCACACCUGAUACCUCCAGUGUAGAACUCUCAAAACGUGUAGCCUCUCUGGAGCUGGAUAAUGAAAGGCUACGAGUUGAUCUGGAAAACGUUCGAAUAGAACUCAAUGCAAAGAUAGCAGCAAAUCAGGGCCUCAAAGAUAAGAUCACCGAACUUUAUAUAGAGGCUCAGGCUGCACUACAAGAACGUCAGAAGCUGCAGAAUGCUAUAAAGGAUGCCAAUAGUCGCUGUACAAUUGCUGAGAAUUCCACAAAAUGGUAUCAGGGACAACUGCACGAGCUGCAAGCUAUGAGAAAGUCUUUGCAAUCUGAAAUAGAUACUUAUCAAGGAAUUGCUAGGUAUAGACAGCAAACAGUAUUGAAUUUAACGGCACAAUGCAAUCAAUUGAAUGUAGAUUAUUCUGAACUUGUACAAAAGUUUAAAAAUCAAAAGCAUGAAUUUGAAGAGAAACUCUAUGUAUUACAAGGUAAAAGUAAACCAAGUAGCGUGCCUACAGGAAUGAUACCAAUGAUGCAAGCUUCACCUGAUUUGUCUACCAAAUUGGAAGCCACAGAAGAAGAGCUGCGUGAUACUAAAGCAAAACUGAAGGCAACGGAGCAACAAUUAUUAAGUUGUCAAGUGGAAAAGACUUCAGUAGAAAAUGCUUUAAGCAAGCAUCGUAUGUUCAUAUCUUCAAUGGAGGAGAGUAUACAAAAGUAUGAAGCAGAUAAAAAUGAAAUCACCCUACACUUGAGUGAAUCUCGAUUCGAAAUGCAGAAACUGAGAGCAGAGAAAGAUAUUUUGCAAGCAACCUUGUUAACGUCUAAGCAAGAACAGGGACAAGUGGAGCAGGCGAUAAUACAGUUGCGGUCACAGCUGAAUAAAAUGCUUGCUCAGCAUAAACUAUUGAAGACCCGAAAUUCAGAACUCGAGUUAGAGCUCACUGCCAUGCAGGAGAUUAAAAACGAAAAUAAACGUUUGAAAAGUUUGUCGUUCGCAGCCAAUAGUUCUCUUUUUAAAAAGCUACGGGAAGCCAAGCACAAGGCGAAGUCUCUUGAAAAUCAACUUCGUCGAGAACGAAUGAAGCAUCAACUCCACGACGCGAAAACGGAAACAGAUGCCUCGAUACGAGAGUGUCUUAAACGUGCAUUGGAAAGAAACAAGGAUCUUAAGGAUCAAUUAAAGUCAAUGUCUGUAAGCAAGAUAUUGGAAGGAAGUAUCGAUGAGGGCUAUGGCGAUAGUGGAGCUUCCAGUAGAAUAUCGGCUGAUCUACCAUCACCACCACCACUUGAUCCAGUAUUAUUAGAGUCGAUCGCAGAAGUCCUGUCAAAGAGUAGAAACUUCCUCGAUCCUGUGCAAAUUGGUCUUAACGAAUUACGCUUGAAGCUUGAAAACUUCAAGGAAGAACAGUAUUUACAAGCAAUUAGAUCUGCUCAACCAGCUUCCCAUUACGACACAAGACAAAUGACUCCCACGUCUUCACAAAAUAUAGCCGGCUCGGUGGCCUGAAGUGUUCAUAGUAAUAUAUGUAAAGUCUAAAAAGAACUUUAUUGCAAUUAUUUCUACGUGCUCGUAGAAUAUACUUUCAUGGUAUUAUGAAUAAUUAAAAAAAUUCAACAGCUAUAAUUAGGCAA